UGACUGAUUACUGACACUACUAACUUGCUUAAGAAUAAAUUAUAAAAAAAGAAUCUUAUUCAUAAUUUUAUUAAUGAAAUUGGAUGAAUUAACUCUUGUCUGCAAAGUAGACAUUUAUUAUUUUGGCAGUCAACUUUUCUUACAGUAAUAUUCUGGAUAAUUAUUUUAUUUUAGUGAGUUCCGGAGAAAAUAUCAGAUGCCUAAGUUUUUAAGUUACUAGCUUAUUAAGGUUUUAACAUGGAUAUAAAAUUCCAUGGUGAGAGCACGAAAAAAUUACGUGUUGCUGUCAAUUCUUUUAUUAAAAACACAUUAUUAGUAGUCAAAACAAUUGACCAAUUCUAGAGAAGUAAUAUCAAAGUGACCAAAAUGCCAGAACACACACCUGCCCCAACACCAGCAAGAUCGUUAUAUGGGUUUUUUAUGUAUCUAUUUAGCAAAACUAUGUUAUUUAUAUAUUGUAUUUGGGCAAUCACACCUGAUGCCUAUCUGCACUACUUCAAUAUUUAUUAUUACCCCCAAAAAUAUUGGUCUACAGCCAUUCCCAUUCAGUGCCUAGUAGCUUUAACAAUUUUUGCAUUUUUAAUUUACCCUAGUUCAAACUUGAUGUUAACUGCUAAUAUAGAUAGCAUUAAUACAAUAAGCGAUCCCCAUGCUCAUUAUGAGUGCGAAACAAAUGAAAAUAACAAUAAUACACUGGAAAGUUGCAUUUGUACUGAUGUAAAUAAAUGUAUGAAGUACUGUCAUGUGACUUCAAAUGAAGACUUAGAAGAGAAUACAGUGCCACAAUUGCGUGAUUUAAAUAUACGUUUAGUUUGUAAGAAAUUGUACUAUAGCGACUGGACGGGUUGUGUGACCACGAUACAUAAGAUGUCAAUCUCGCGAUGAGAUGAUGUCAGCUAAUCAGAGGUGGGUGUUGUCAAGAGGAAACGACCUUUAUUAGCGAGUGUCUUUAAUUCACUGAUCAUACAAAAUUAACAUAAAAUAAAGUAAUAUAAAAUGUAGGUCGCGCAUGAACAAUGCUAUGCGAUGUCAUCAAGAUUAAAUUAUGUAUAUAAAAUAAAUGUACGUUCGUCCGUACAGCGACAAUAGCACUUAAUGUAUCUAUUGAUUAAUAAAUGACCUGUGUCACAGACAGAUAAUCACUAAACAUUUACUUCCCUGUGUGUUAAAUUGAUUCUGGGUAAUUUAUUCUAAACCUUUCUUUAACAAAAUAAUUAUAAACUAUAAUAGGGAUAGAUAUUAAGAAAGAAUAACAUCGUCCAAGAAACUACGAUAGUUUGAUUACUUUCUUACAACUAACCAUCCGAAACACGAUCAAUUUGCAAGUUUGUGGAUAAUUAUGGUAAACAGACCGCCUCAUUUGAACUCAAAUCGGGUUAUCCUAGUAUGUAGUUAUAACCAAUGUCUAUGGAAGGAGACGCAUUUUAUGAUACCGAUGGUUAGCCUGUCUCGCGCUCUCUUCUGAGGAUGUCUCCAUUUGAGUAGGCACUUAAGAGGACGAAUUGGAAAUUUUGGCGCCAAUGAUCUCAAUUUUUCUCAGUAAAUACAAAACGGAUCAAAAUACAACUUGGUUACCUGAAAGUUAUGAUAAAAACCUUAUUUUGUUAGACUUUUUUCCUAGUUGAGUAUAUACAUACUCUUUAAAAUUGUAAAAGGAUUUUUUAUCAAAUUAUCAUUUCUAAAUAAUAAAAUUACAAAACCAUUUUGUCGCUUACGAUUUUUAGUUAUAAGCUAGCGCGCGUAUUGUAAUCCUCGCACCGCUCAGACGCUGCG